AUGGUAAUUAGGACCUCCUCCAAGGCUUCAGAGCUCGGAUCAGCCAUGGCGAUCGGAGCUGUGCUGUCGCAACAAUGGAGCUUGUUGCUCUCGCUUGCGGCGCUCGUGGCUCUGUGGUGGGCCUGGAGGGUGCUGGAGCUGGCCUGGGUCACCCCGCGGAGGCUGGGCCGAGCGCUCCGGGCUCAGGGCCUCGGCGGCAGGGCGUACCGCUUCCCGUUCGGCGAUCUGCAGGAGUUUUCCCGGCUGGUCGCCGUGGCCCGGUCGGAGCCCAUGCUGCCGCCGUCGCACGAUAUCACAGCGCGGGUGGCCCCUCUGUACCACAGCGUGAUCAAGGAGCACGGGAAGAUCUCCGUGACCUGGUUCGGCCCGACGCCGAGGGUGAUCGUGAACGAUCCUAAACUGGUGCGGGAGAUACUAGCCAACAAGUCCGGGCACUUCCGGAAGCGCAAGUUCAGCAAUGGCAUCGUCAGGCGGCUGGCCAACGGGCUGGUGAGCCACGACGGCGAGAAAUGGGCCGCUCACCGGAAGAUCAUCAACCCCGCAUUUCAUCUUGAGAAACUCAAGAAAAUGAUGCCCGCUUUCGUUGCCUGCUGCAAUGAGCUGGUAGCUAGGUGGGAGGAUCAUGUGGGAUCCGAUGAGGCCAAGGAGAUUGACGUGUGGCCGGAGUUCCAGAACCUCACCGGCGACGUGAUCUCCCGCGCGGCGUUCGGCAGCAGCUUCAGCGAAGGGAGGAGGAUUUUCCAGAUACAGUCGGAGCAGGCCCAGAAUGUGGUGAAGAUGCUCAACACCCUAUACCUCCCAGGUUUCAAGUUCUUACCAAUGCAGCUCAACAGACGGGUGAAGGCGAACGCGCGCGAGGUCGAGUCGCUGCUCAAAGGCAUAAUUGGCAAGAGGGAGAUGGCCAUGAGAGAAGGCAGCGCCAGCAACGAUGACCUGCUGGGCGUGCUGAUGGAGUGCAACGCCGCGGAGACCAAGGAAGCCGGGAGCACCAAGCCCAUCAUGACCAUGGACGACAUCAUCGGGGAGCUCAAGCUCUUCUACUUCGCCGGAAUGGACACCACCGCCGUGCUUCUCACCUGGACGCUGGUCGCGCUGAGCAUGCACCCCGAGUGGCAGGACCGGGCGAGGGAGGAGGUCCUGCACGUCUUCGGGGACAAGGACCAGCCGGACCUGGACGGCAUAAACCAGCUCAAAGUGGUGGCCAUGGUGCUGCACGAGGUGCUCAGGCUGUACCCGCCGGUGAUCCAGUUCGACCGGCAGACGUACACGGAGGUGGAGCUGGGCGGCGUCAGGUACCCGCCGGGGGUGAUCCUCUCGCUGCCCAUCGUGUUCCUCCACCACGACCCGGACGUCUGGGGAGAGGACGCCGACGAGUUCAGGCCGGAGAGGUUCGCCGAGGGCGUCUCCAAGGCGUCCGGGAGCUCGUCGUCGCCGGCGUUCUUCCCGUUCGGGUGGGGCCCACGGGUCUGCGUCGGCCAGAACUUCGCGCUCAUCGAGGCCAAGAUGGCGCUGAGCAGGAUACUGCAGCGCUUCCAGUUCGGGCUGUCGCCGUCCUACAGGCACGCCCCAUUCCCGGUCUCUACCCUGCAGCCUGAUCAUGGCGCGCCCAUCAUGCUCAAGAAACUCUAG